GAGAGGAGGAGAGGAGGAUGCCUCUUCUCUGCUGCGAGACAUCAGCCCUGUGAUCUCAUGAAUAUAUUAUAGCGGGUCAUUGAGCAAUGAGGAAGGUGCACCGAGCUAGAGCCCAGGUUAUUAUGGCUGCCGGAGCACGAGCCGCAACAGCUUCUGAUUGGACGGUCACCUCGUAGUUAAUUAGUGUGUAAUAAAUGAGCGAGUUUGUGUUUAAAGUCUCCGUUUGGAUAUUAUCUUAUUUAAUAUGUGUGAUGCGAUAUUAGCAGUGUGGCUACGCUCGAUUAGACGGUCAUCAAGCAGCCUUGUCUUGUUAGACUGCGACACUAGACUCGAUAGUAAACGGCUGGAUAACAGUUAGCCAACGGCUGGCUAACAAGCGGCUAGCAUACGGCUGGCUAACAAACGGCUGGCUAACUAACAGGUAGCUAAUGGCUGGCUAACAAACGGGUAGCUAACGGCUAACUACUAAACGACUGGCUAACAAACGGCUGGCUAGACGAGUAGCCAACGGCUGGCUAACAGCUAACCGCCAGCGAACUAACAGGUAGCAAACGGCUGGCUAACAAACGGCUCGAUAGCAGCCAGCUAACGCGGCUAACGGUCUCCGGAGGGAAGCGGCUCCAUCGUCCGGCAGCCAGGGCAGACUCCGGGGCAGACUCGAGCGCUGCCACUUGAGGACAGCGGGGGCUCUCUGAUGAUCCCCCCGUUCAUCCGAUGAACCCCCUCAACUCCAUGAAACCCUCCCUGCCUCCCACUCCACAGAGUAACUCGGCUUCAUCUCCUCCUGCAGCACCGACGGCCCCUUCCUCAAUGAGCCAGUCUCCUGGCAACCAGGCACCAAUCAGCACGCAGGAUCUCUCUCUGUAGUAACCACAGUGUGGGGCGUGACCAAUCCCUCACACAGCCAGGUGUUCGGAGCACCCAUGGGCCCCGGUGAGAGCUCUGGUGGUCACAUGAUGCCCGGCGGCGGCCCCGGCAUGGCGCCCGGGAUGGGCUCCCAGUUCAUGGGCCAGCAGUCGUACGGGGAGGCCGUGUCUAAAGGCUACGGGCAGCCGGUCAUGUACGGACGUCCCAACGCCGCCUACAACCCAGCCUCAGCCUACGGGGGGAGUUACUCCGGUAAUAGCGGAGGUUCUGGCCUCGGCGUUCGUCCUCCCUCAGACUUCACUCAGGCUGCAGCCGCCGCUGUCGCCGCCGCCGCCGCCACAGCAACUGCCACCGCUACGGCAACUGUUGCAGCAAUCCAGGAAAAACAGAACCAGGAGCUGAGCUACGGCCAGAUGGGUGGAGCUUCCUCUUACAGCACCCAGUUCCUGUCUCACUCGGGCCCCCGUGGCCCCCCAGGGAUGAACCCAGGUGGGAUGGUCCAUCCCCGGCCUGGACCGCCGCCCUCGUCCGGUGGAUUGUACCCGUCUCACCCUGCGCAGACGCAGAGGAUGCCGCAGCACGGAGGCUACGCAGCUCCGGGCGCACAGCAAGGACUCAAACGGCCUUUCCACUCCGAGGCGUUUCCAGGGCAACAGUACGGCUCCGGGGGCAUGUCAGGGUAUCCGAACCAGCCUCUGCAGUACCCCUCAGGCCUGCAGCAGCGAUGCGCCCCCUCACCCUCUUACCCCUCCAGCCGGAUGCCCCACAUGGGACAGUACCCUCCCGGGUCACACAACCCAACACAGUUCCCUCCUGGAGGCGGCCAGCCCACCCCCCCACAGUACUACAAGUCAGAGCCGUUUAAUGGACAGGGCAGUUUGCCGUCUGGGGGGGCAGGAGGGUACAACGCCUUCACACAGGCUGCAGUCAACGGGCCAGGUCGGGCUGCAGUGAUGCCGGGGUAUCCCACCUCGCCCAUGGGAGGGAAUCCCACCCCACCCAUGACCCCGGGGACCUCCAUGCCCCCCUACCUGUCCCCAGGCCACGACACUAAACCCCCCUACCUCCCGGACACCAAGCCCAGCAUCAGCGCCCAGCAGGCCCCGACAGGUAACCCCAGCGACGACCUGCGCCUCACCUUCCCCGUACGAGACGGCGUCGUGCUGGAGCCGUUCAGACUAGAGCACAACCUGGCCGUCAGUAACCACGCCUUCCAGCUCCGAGACUCCGUCUACAAAACGCUCAUGAUGAGGCCGGACCUGGAGCUGCAGUUCAAGUGCUACCACCAUGAAGACAGACAGAUGAACACUAACUGGCCGGCCUCUGUGCAGGUCAGCGUUAACGCGACUCCUCUGUCCAUUGAAAGAGGCGACAACAAAACCUCCCACAAGCCUCUGUACCUGAAGCAGGUGUGUCAGCCGGGACGCAACACGGUGCAGAUCACCGUGACGGCGUGUUGCUGUUCCCACCUGUUUGUGUUGCAGCUGGUCCACCGGCCGUCCGUUAGGUCCGUCCUCCAGGGGCUGAUGAAGAAGAGGCUGCUACCGGCCGAGCACUGCAUCACAAAGAUAAAGAGAAAUUUCAGCAGCGGCACGAUUCCAGGGACGCCCGGUCUGAACGGGGAGGACGGCGUGGAGCAGACGGCCAUCAAAGUUUCCCUCAAAUGUCCCAUCACAUUCAGACGCAUCCAGCUUCCAGCCAGAGGCCACGACUGUAGACACAUACAGUGUUUCGACCUGGAAUCGUAUUUGCAGCUGAACUGUGAGCGUGGGACCUGGAGGUGUCCUGUGUGCAAUAAAACAGCUCUGCUAGAAGGUCUGGAGGUCGACCAGUACAUGCUCGGGAUUCUGGUCUACAUCCAGAACUCAGACUACGAGGAGAUCACCAUCGACCCGGUGUGCGGCUGGAGGCCGGUCCCGGUCAAACCCGACCUCCACAUAAAGGAGGAGCCCGACGGUCCGGUUCUGAAGCGCUGCCGCACCGUCAGUCCCAGUCACAUGGUCCUUCCCAACGUCAUGGAGAUGAUCGCAGCCCUGGGCCCCGCGUCGUCCCCCUACCAGAGCCUGGGGGCCGGAGGCAGGAACACACCGGACUACAGCCGGCCGGGGAGUCAGGGCUUCUCCGGUCAGUCGGGGUUCACAGACUUCCCCAACACCCCCGGGACCCCGACGCUGGGGGAGUACACUCCGUCUGGACCCCCCCCUCCACUGUCCUACCAGCCUGACCAGGCGUCUCAUCCAGGACGACUGGAACAUCCCCACAGCCUCCUCCAGCAGCAGCAGCAGCAGCAGCAGCAGCACGGCGCCGUCCACAGCAGCCAGGGCCUCGCUGACACCGAGAGAAACUCCGCUACCCAGAAUUCCCGGUUGCAGAGCGAAGGCUCCUUCGGUCUGGGUGUCCCGGGAGCGCCCGGAGGAGAGGGCGCCGAUCACGCACUCGACCUUCUUCCUGAACUCACCAACCCAGACGAGCUGCUCUCCUACCUGGGCCCCCCCGACCUCCCCAACAACAGCAGCGACGACCUCCUGUCUCUGUUCGAGAACAACUGACCUUCAGCGUGGACGGCGGCCAUCUUCCAGUCCGCCAUCUGUUUCUGUUUGUGAGAGAGAGAGAGAGAGAACCAGUGUUUGUGUUUGUCUGCUGCUUCAGUGUCGAGGAACGAGACUCUGCGUUAAACUACAGCACAACUCACAGGCUCGACCGUUUCUAUUUACACACUUUAAUGGACUCAUUAGUACAAACGUACCAACAACAAACCACCUUCAAAAUCUAAACCAGAUUUCUCAAAGUUUCUAAAAAAAUAAUAAUAAUAAAAAAAAACUAAAUAUGUCUGAAUAUUUCAAUUUUAUGGUAAAAAAAUAAGAAAUUUAAGGUUUGAAUCCAAAAAAACAAAACAUUUCUGUUUGUUCCUGGUGGGAUUCACCAAAAACUGCACAAACAACAAACGCCUCAUGUUCCAACGUCGGCGACGUCACGCGAUAGUAAGACGGUUUUUGAUACAGGUUAUUAUAUUAUUUAAUUGGUUUUUAGCUUGAACGUGGAAAAGCAGCUGUUUGGUCUCCGGUCUGAGAAUCACUGCAUCAUAAAUAUACGUGGCCGGUGAUUAUUUGGUUGUUUUAUUGUCAAUAAAUUGCAUUAAAAAUAAAAAAGCAAAACCCCGCUUAUCUACAAAUCUACAAAAUCUCACUGUUUUUACAAAAGAGUGAAACUUUUAGCCACAAAAACUCAUCCACAUUUGGCUCUAGUGAAUAUUUGAGUCGCAGAUAAAACAGAUUUGUUCUGCAGCAGGUGAAGACGCUGCAGAACAAAUCGUUCUAUAAAAGCCGAAUGAGGAGAGGAAACACAAAGUAAAUAUAUAAUAAGUGAACAAAAAUAUCUACAGUAGCUGUACCAAGAAAUGAUGGAGGUGUAUGGACCAUAAUGUUAUAAAAUAUUUGAGGGAACAUUUCCCUUUGUUUCAGGCUGUUAGCAUGCUAACUGUUAGCUUUGUUCUCACACCUCAGUUUAUUCAGUGUUUGGCUGCAAACUUGAAAAUGAAAUGAGUGAAAUAACCUGAGAAGAGUCAGCAGGUCAGUGUCUGGUCUUUAACUGAAAACACGGAUGGAAAGUCGUGACGUCUUUGUUGUUUUUUGGACCUGGAUGAGUGAGGAUCUCAAAUUUAUCUUCAUACCUCAGAUAAUCAGACAAGUCAAAUGUGGAUUCAUCUUUCACCUUCAUUAAAACUAAAUUCCUGUAGAAAUCAUUUCAAACUGCAGAGAACUUUAAAGUGUUUCUUGUAAAAAAGCUCAGUGUGAGUUGGUUUUUGGUCGUUUCCUGGGAAAAUAUUGGCAAAAACAGAAUAGAAUAAAAUCCCAAAAGCCUGGACUUUCACACGGGGAGAUGUGUGUAAGACAAAGGAAGCUGUAGAAGAAAAGAUGACAGAGGAAACAGCCACAACAUGUACAGCAGACGUUUCUCUGUGAACCUGAGUCUGGGAGACGCUGAGGUCCAUCUCAUCUCCGACAUCCUGCAGCACUGUGACGUGUUAUAAAACCUCCUCCCAUCCUGUAAAUGAUCCGUGUGACGUGGCAUUUUCUGCCAUUCGAAAGAAGCUAUUUGUAUGUUUUUAAAUGGUUUGACAUGUAUAACCCAAUCACGACGCGGGUUUAUGUACUGUAUAAUCAGCUGUUUUCAUUAGAGAACGUGUGUGUAUCAAAUGAAUCGUUAAUCAUGGUAAUUUUAAUGUUAUUAGUUGGAUAAUGGAUCAUCGUUGGCACUGUACACAUACUGUAUGUUAGAAAACUAUAAAGCAAGUGUAAAAAUCCUGGAGGUCGUGCAUGUAUGAAGGAAAACAGACGGUCAGCUGGAACCAGGCAGGAAAUGAUUCUUAACAUGGCUUUACAGAGCUGACGCGUCCUUUUUCUACAAAUGAUUUUCUGACUGAAUCCGCUGUGGUCCAACGUCGCCUCGACUCAGCAGCAACAAAUAAUGUUCUUUGCCAAUUUGAGCAAACACAACAACGUUAUAUUUGGAAAAUAUGGGACUAUUUAACGGCAAAAUUUGCUAGAAGAAAAUAAAAAAAUGUUUUAUAAUAUGUAAACUAUUCCACAUGUUUUGUAACACAUUGUAAUUGCCAUUAUUUUCUAUUUAUUUUUUAAUCCAUAAUCAUCAUUGUACCUACAGUUACUUUGUCCCCUUCCUGAAACUCUGAAUCAGAAAAAUAAAAAUCACUUUAUAUGAAAA